AUGGACUUCGUCUUCGUGGAGAAGCUCCUCGUGGGCCUCCUCGCGGCCGUGGUGGGCGCCAUCGUCGUGUCCAAGAUCCGGGGCCGCAAGCUGCGGCUGCCGCCGGGCCCCUUCCCGGUGCCCAUCUUCGGCAACUGGCUGCAGGUCGGCGACGACCUGAACCACCGCAACCUGGCGGCGAUGGCGCGCAAGUUCGGCGAGGUCUUCCUCCUCCGCAUGGGCCAGCGCAACCUGGUGGUGGUCUCCUCCCCGCCGCUGGCCCGCGAGGUGCUCCACACGCAGGGCGUGGAGUUCGGGUCCCGCACCCGCAACGUGGUGUUCGACAUCUUCACCGGCGAGGGCCAGGACAUGGUGUUCACCGUGUACGGCGACCACUGGCGCAAGAUGCGGCGCAUCAUGACCGUGCCCUUCUUCACCAACAAGGUGGUGCAGCAGUACCGGCCCGGGUGGGAGGCCGAGGCGGCCUUCGUGGUGGACAACGUCCGCGCCGACCCCAGGGCCGCCACCGAUGGCGUCGUGCUCCGCCGCCACCUGCAGCUCAUGAUGUACAACAACAUGUACCGCAUCAUGUUCGACCGGCGGUUCGAGAGCAUGGACGACCCGCUGUUCCUCCGCCUCCGGGCGCUCAACGGCGAGCGCAGCCGCCUCGCGCAGAGCUUCGAGUACAACUACGGCGACUUCAUCCCCGUCCUCCGCCCCUUCCUCCGCGGCUACCUCCGGCUCUGCAAGGAGGUCAAGGAGACCCGCCUCAAGCUCUUCAAGGAUUACUUCCUGGACGAGAGGAAGAAGCUGGUGAGCACCAAGGCCGUGGAAGACAACGGUGGGCUCAAGUGCGCCAUUGAUCACAUCCUGGAGGCGGAGCAGAAGGGGGAGAUCAACGAGGACAACGUCCUCUACAUCAUCGAGAACAUCAACGUCGCAGCGAUCGAGACGACGCUGUGGUCGAUCGAGUGGGGGCUGGCGGAGCUGGUGAACCACCCGGAGAUCCAGCAGAAGCUGCGGGACGAGAUGGACGCGGUGCUGGGCGUCGGGCACCAGAUCACGGAGCCCGACACGCACAAGCUCCCCUACCUGCAGGCGGUGAUCAAGGAGACGCUGCGGCUGCGCAUGGCCAUCCCGCUGCUGGUGCCCCACAUGAACCUCCACGACGCCAAGCUCGCCGGCUACAACAUCCCCGCCGAGAGCAAGAUCCUCGUCAACGCCUGGUUCCUCGCCAACAACCCCGAGCAGUGGAAGCGGCCCGACGAGUUCCGGCCGGAGCGCUUCCUGGAGGAGGAGAAGCACGUGGAGGCCAACGGCAACGACUUCAGGUACCUGCCCUUCGGCGUCGGCCGCCGGAGCUGCCCCGGCAUCAUCCUCGCGCUGCCCAUCCUCGGCAUCACCAUCGGCCGCCUCGUCCAGAACUUCGUGCUCACGCCGCCGCCCGGCCAGGACAAGCUUGACACGACUGAGAAGGGUGGCCAGUUCAGCCUCCACAUCCUCAAGCACUCCACCAUCGUCGCCAAGCCCAGAGUGUUCUAA